ACAAACAAAUCAACCAAUCAUGAUUGUAUAAGAUCUAUUCAAAUCCGAUUAAAACUACUGUACAGCCAUGUAGACACACUGGGCAUAGCAGUUUUGCACAACUUAGUUUGUUAGGUGAUUCAUGUAAUUUCGACUGUACAUAUGCAAGAAUCUGGUAUUUAUUCAUAGCGUACUACAUGUAAUAAAAUAAGAUGUCUAAUUGUUCUUAUCAUUAAUCUAUAUUAGUCUCAAAAAAUUAACAUUAUGUCCAUUUCCAAUUGAUUUAGAUUCCGACUGUUGUAGAAUAGUUUAGUUUCCAUUUAGUAUUCCAGUAGUGCGGCCUUCUAGACAAGACAUGUAGUAUGACCAUGAGGAUUAAAGAGUCACACUACAAUUUGGGAACAUCAUUUGAUUACUUGUGGCAAGGGCAACUAAAAGGUAAUCUGGUUGUGAACCUUAUUUCAUAUAUCUAACUUUCAAGCAUAUGCAUAUGAACUAAUGUGAAUAGUGAUUCAUAUAGGAUGUGCAUGAAACUGCUCCUAGCAAUGCAACAGAUUACAGUAAUGAAAGGGUACCAAAGCUUGGCAUGCAAUUUUUAUCUGAAGAGGAAGCUUGCUCCUUUUAUAACAAGUAUGCAAAAGCCAUUGGUUUUAGCAUCCGAAGAGGGAGUCAACAUAAAGUAAAGAAUUCUGCUGUCAUACAACAACGAACAUUUACAUGCUCCCGUGAAGGUAUGGCCUGCUUGUAUUUUGUUUUGGUUAUAUUAUUACUUUUGGAUCACUAAGAUACUUAUUUUAAUUGACAGGAUUCCGCGCAGAAGAUAAGAGAGAGGAUUCUUUCAGUUACAGUAGGCUUGAAACACGAUGUGGAUGUAAAGCCCAUAUGAAGAUAAGUCUUAAAACGGAUUAUAUUAUGUGUACGAAUUUGAGACUGCACAUAAUCAUAAUCUUGCUACUGGAGACAUGGCCUUAUACUUAAGAUCCCAAAGGAAAGUGACGGAAGCACAAAUAGCAAACGCUGAGGUCGCAAAUUCUGUAGGCAUUUCAAAUAAAGCAACUAUUGAUCUUAUGGCCAAAGAAGCAUGUGGACUUCCAAAUCUUGGGUUUGCACCCGAAGAUAUGAAAAAUCGUUUGUACUCUAAGAGAACACAGCAAGCAAAAAAGGGUGACACAUGGGGAGUGUUGGAAUACAUGGAGAAGAAGGUAAAAGAAGAUGCCAAUUUUUUCUAUUCAAUUCAAAUUGAUGAGGAUGAUCUGAUAACCAAUAUUUUUUGGGCUGACUCUAAAAUGAUCUCAGACUAUGCAUUAUUUGGUGAUGUUAUAUGCUUUGACACCACAUAUAGGAAACUAGAUGAUGGACGUCCCUUUGGUUUGAUUGUUGGGGUUAAUAAUCACAAGAAAACUGUUGUCUUUGGUGCCACACUUCUCUAUGAUGAAACUGCUGAAAGUUUUGGUUGGCUUUUUACAACAUUUCUAACUGCUAUGUCUGGGAAAUAUCCAAGGACAAUUAUGACCAAUGAAGAUGCAGCAAUGGCCAAGGCAAUCAGUAUAGUACUACCUCAGUCUCAUCAUAGACUUUGUGUGUGGCAUAUGAAUCAAAAUGCUUGCAAGCACCUAACAGGAGUUGUUGAAGAAUACAAGAAGUUCAAUGCUGAUUUUCAGCAUUGUAUAUAUGAUAUUGAGGAAGAAGACGAUUUUAUAGAUGAGUGGAAUAGAAUGAUAGACAAGUAUGGAUUACGUGACAAUACAUGGCUGCAAAGGUUGUUUGAGAAAAGGGAGCAGUGGGCUCACGGCCCACAUGAGCACUACCCAAAGAAGUGAAAGCAUGAAUAACGAACUAAAGCGGUACAUCAGUAUUAAAUAUGACAUGCUUACUUUUUUGAGCAUUUUGAGCGGCUAGUUGCGGAUAAAAGAUUUGUAGAGGUGAAAUGUGACU